AGCUUCAAUCGGUACAUGCCUUAGGAGGAGAGAGACACAGAACGUAUAUAAACAGAGAGCAAAACUGGAUACUCGGUACUAGUGCUGCAGGAUCUGGUUCAUCAGAUAUCUUUCAGUCUGGGACCAAGAUGUUACUGUAUUUCCUCCACUUCCUCCUCGCGUUCAAACUGGUGCUCGGGGCAUCGUAUACUCAGUCCGACAGUCACACCGGCAUUGGUUUCUUGAAGUCAUUCUCGUAUCAAGCCAUACCGGACCCCACACACGGCCGGGUGAAUUACGUCGACGCUUACACCGCCGCAAACGAGAAUCUAACGUAUGCCUCUGGAGACCAUUUUGUCCUCCGGACAGACUACUGGACUGUUCUCGAUCCAAAUGGACCCGGGAGAGAUUCUGUGCGCAUUCAAUCAAACAAGCAAUACACGACCUCGGUCAUGGUUUUCAACAUUCGUCAUAUGCCCCAGGGAUGUGGUACUUGGCCCGCCGUAUGGACUGUCGGAGAAGACUGGCCUAGCAAUGGAGAAAUCGACGUCUUGGAAGGCGUCAACGACCAAGGGCCUAACCAAGCAACACUGCACACAAGUGCUGGUUGUACAAUGCCGGAUUGGAGGUACGAGAAAGGGAACGCACUCCUCGACGACUGUAACACUCUCCUCAAUUCCAAUUCCGGCUGUGGUGUCAAAUUCGUGGAUACGAGAAGCUACGGACCUAUAUUCAAUGAUCACGGUGGUGGAUGGUUUGCCUCAGAAAGGUCAGAGGCAGGCAUAAGUGUUUGGUUCUGGUCCCGCGAUGCGGGGACUGUUCCUUACGAGGUGGAAGUCGGGAAUGAAACUGUUGACACCGACAAUUGGGGAGAGCCUUCGGCAUAUUUCCCCAACACAGACUGUGAUAUAGGAGCGAAAUUCGGACCGCAUAAUAUCGUCAUAAAUCUGAGUCUGUGCGGAGAUUGGGCUGGAAGUGCUUACGGAGCGUCUGGGUGCCCAUCUACAUGUGAAGAUUAUGUUGACAACAAUCCAUGGGCGUUUGAAGACGCUUACUUUGACUUUCAGUGGUUGAAGAUCUACACCUGAGAAUUGAGGUAGUAUAAAUCAGGGGGGAUCGUUAUUGUCGUUGUUGUGAUAUGUAUGUAUAUUAUUUGGGUUCGCAGUUCCAGGAUUGUUGGGAGGUUAAAUGAAAGUCGCAACUGCGCCACAUAAGCACCGAUUGUGUCUCACGAUCAUAUCAUGUA